AUGGCUCACUUUGCUGGCCACGGGGAGAAACCUCCAGGCCAAGCGCCUUCUCAUGCGAAUGUUCGAGACCUUGAGAAUGACUCCGAUACGCAAUCAACGGACAAGGAUGUCGCUCUCGCCUUGGUGGGAGAGCAUGCCCAGGCCAUUGAUCCUGUGGCUGAGGCGCGGGUUGUGAGAAAGAUCGAUCUGUUUCUGAUACCUGCGAUGAUUGUCGGCUAUGGGUUGGUGUACUAUGACAAGGCCAUACUGGGCAGUGCCGUGCUCUUCGGUAUGACAAGGGACCUUUCUCUUGCUUUGGUAGACAACUCAACGACUCCGCCAACGACCGAUACCACCCGGUUAAGUUGGGCGACUUCUUUGUUCUACUUCGGCAUGCUCGCCGGCCUCUACCCCAUGACCUUCGCCCUACAGCGCUUCAACCUAGGCCGCAUUCUCGGCGGAGUCGUAAUCAUCUGGGGCGUGGUAUGCAUGCUGACCGCAGCCGUGACCUCCUGGCGGGGCCUAUACGCCCAACGUUUCUUCCUCGGCUUCGUCGAGAGCAUCAUCCCCACGGGCUUCAUGUGCAUCAUCAGUGGCUACUACACGCAAGAGGAGCAAGCCCUACGGCAGAGCUGGUGGUUCUCGAGCACAGGCCUUUUCACUAUCAUCGGAGGGGGGCUUAACUACGGGUUCGCGCAGAUUGACGGCGGUAGCUUGAAGAGAUGGCAGUAUAUCUACCUCCUGGCUGGCGUGCUAACCAUUCUCUUCGGACUGUGGUGCUUCGCGGUGCCGAACUCGCCCGUCUCGGCAUGGUUCCUCACGCCAGAAGAGCGCAUCAUAGCCGUCGAGCGCCUGCGGAAAGGCCAGACCGGAGUGCGGUGCCAAAAGAUAAAAAAGUCGCAGCUGCUCGAAGCGCUCCUCGAUGUCAAGGUGUGGCUCGUGGCGCUAAUGAUGGCCUCCGCCUACACUGUGAACGGCGCGGUUUCAGGCUUCGGUCCCCUCAUUGUCUCCACCUUCGGCUACAGCACCCUCCAAUCAAUCCUGUUCCAAUUUCCCCUCGGCGCGCUCUGCUUCGUGCUGAUCCUCCUCUGCGGCUGGCUGUGCAGCCGAUAUCCCAACAUCCGCAUCAUCCUACUGAUCCUCAACUGCCUUCCCGUCAUCGCCGGGUGUGCCAUGAUCUGGAAAUCCGCAUGGACGCGACACGCCGCCACUCCGGUAGCCGGGUACAGCAUCAUCGGAUCCUUCGGCGCUGUUGUCAGUUUGGUGAUUACGCUCGGGAUGGGCAAUGUCGCUGGCGCAACGAAGAAGAGCGCGAUGGCGGCGGCGAUAUUCGUGGCUUAUUGCGUGGGGAAUAUUGUCGGCCCGCAGCUGGUGGUGAGCCAGCAUCGGGCGAGGCAUUAUCCGGAGCUGUGGCUGGGGCUGAUUGUGUGCUACUGUAUCACGAUUCUCGCGUCUGUGGGGUUGUACUAUGUGCUCUGGCGGGAGAAUAAGAAGAGGGACGCGAUGAGGCUGGAUGAGGCGGAGAGGGAUAAGUUGGCAUUUAAAGAUCUGACGGAUAAGGAGAACCCGUACUUCCGGUAUGUGCUGUAG